ACCUCUGUCACAUUGUCCUAUAUCGCCCUUGCGCACACCCAGGCAGCAUGGCCAACCCCAUCCUGGUCUCUGUGGCGCCGUACCACAUCAUCUCGUACGUCCCCUUGUCACAAAUGGCAUCUGACGUUGUUGAGAGAGGAACCAUGAGAUGCUUCGUAGAUGCCUGUUUCGGACUGAGCUUACAAGGCCACAGCUACGGCACCCUACUCGGGACGUCCUUUUUCCAUGCAAGUCCGCCCCCUCCGGCACUGACUGCAACAGCCGUGGACGUCGCUAAUGGCCAUGUUCAGUCCUUCGUCAACGGACCGGUCUUGUACAAGUCGAUUGACCGCCCUGCCUUCUCGGCUGCCCAGACCAACUUGUUCCCCAUCUACUUUAGCAUCCAGACUGUCAUCCCCAUCGUUCUCGCUCUCACUUUUCCCGGAAACACCCUUAACGGCGUGCCAUCGGGAAUCUCAGGUUUGUUACACGACUCGAGCAAAUGGGACUCUCUGGUGCCCAUCGCGGCCAUGUUCGUGACGGGCCUCGCCAACCUCGCCGUCAUUGGCCCCGCCACGACCAAGACCAUGAAGGAGCGCCGCGGCCAAGUGAAGCGAGAUGGCAAGGAGUGGUACGCGGAGGGCCCGCACUCGGACGAGAUGCAGGCGCUGAACAAGAGGUUCGGUAUGUUGCAUGGAGUCUCGUCGCUCGUCAAUCUCACCACGUUUGUGUCGGCGGUCACGUACGGCUUCACCCUCGGUGCUCGCAUUCAGUCUAUUGCCGAUAGGGUAGCUUGAGCAGACUCGUUUUUGAAUACACCAGCCUCUUCUCC